AUGGCCUUCAACCGCACCGCUCUAUCCAAUCUCUCUCUCGAAGACGAGAGAUACCUCAACCAACAACUCAGUCCACAGUCGCGCCCCAUGGAGCUCUUCCCCACGACCAAGGCCUCCGACCCUCUGCCCGGCAAUUGGUCCUACGACAACGCCAUUGACCUGUUCUCCUUGAACCCCGCCGACAUGGACCCCGUCUCCUUCGGUUUCGCCGACAGCCUGACAGCCGACUCCAAAGAUCUCUUCCUAGACCCCUUCGGUACACCCACUGCCAUCAGCGGCUUCAGCAUGCCCACGGCCGAAGAUACCGUCUCGCUCUCCUCAGAUCUCGACAGCGACGACCAGUCCUGGUCAAUCAGUACCCGCCCAUCAAUCGACAUGACCAUGACAUCCCCCACAUCCACCACACCAUCAAAACCAGUAACCCGCUCUUCCAUCGCCAACACAAACACAAAUACCAACACCAGCACGUCGGCAUCAACAUCCUCAACCCGCUGGUCCUCCAGCCCCGAAAUCAAACCCCAAGAAUACAUCCCCACCCGCACCGACAAACGCCGCAAAACUCGCUCUCUCUCCAACGAAUCCUCCACCUCCUCCGCCCAAACUCAACCAUCCUCCCAAGCCCCAGCACAAACACAAGCACCCGCCCCCAAAGACCCCCAAGGCCGCAACGCCGCCAAACGCGCCGCCCACAACAUCAUCGAAAAGCGGUACCGCACAAACAUGAACGCCAAAUUCCUCGCCCUGGAAAAGGCCAUUUCCCCCGCCCGCGUGCAGAAAACGUCUCCCGCAGGCGCGGGACCGCUCAAGAAAUCUGAGAUCCUGAGUAAUGCGCUGGCGUACAUUGAGCGCAUUCAGCAGGAGAAUAUUGCGGUGCAGAAGGAGUUGAUGAUGUUGAAGCAGGGGCUUGUUUCGGGGGGAAUGUGGAGGAGUUCGAGGCAGGGUCGUUCGUGA